CACGCUCGCUCCCAUCACCGCGCUCCGCUCCGCUCAGGUCCCACUGACUCCGCGCGCACCAUGGCCUCCAUCCAGCAGCUGGUCGGGCGAUGGCGCUUAGUGGAGAGCAAAGGCUUCGACGAGUACAUGAAGGAACUAGGUGUGGGAAUGGCUAUGCGGAAAAUGGGCGCCAUGGCCAAGCCAGACUGUGUCAUCACUUCCGACGGCACACACCUCACCGUCUCAGAACCGAGCACGUUGAAGACCACCCAGUUCUCAUGCAACCUGGGAGAGAAGUUUGAAGAGACCACAGCAGAUGGCAGGAAAACUCAGACCGUCUGCAACUUCGUCAACGGCGCGCUGGUCCAGCACCAGGAGUGGUACGGGAAGGAGAGCACCAUCACGCGGCGGCUGGAGGGCGGGAGCCACGCUCGCUCCCAUCACCGCGCUCCGCUCCGCUCAGGUCCCACUGACUCCGCGCGCACCAUGGCCUCCAUCCAGCAGCUGGUCGGGCGAUGGCGCUUAGUGGAGAGCAAAGGCUUCGACGAGUACAUGAAGGAACUAGGUGUGGGAAUGGCUAUGCGGAAAAUGGGCGCCAUGGCCAAGCCAGACUGUGUCAUCACUUCCGACGGCACACACCUCACCGUCAGAACCGAGAGCACGUUGAAGACCACCCAGUUCUCAUGCAACCUGGGAGAGAAGUUUGAAGAGACCACAGCAGAUGGCAGGAAAACUCAGGUCAGGCAUCACUUACACACUCACAGAAGCUUCUAGAAUGAUAGAUUGUAUGAAUAACAUUCUGGCAUUUACAGGCAGGAGCUGUUGAAUAAAAGACAUCUCAAGUUAUUUUAUGACUCGAGUUGACAAAUUAGUGUGAAAGGACCAGUAUCACAACUUAGUCUACUUUGUAAAACUAGUUUAAGGAACAU